CUCGCGGAUUCUAGGGUCCGGGAGCUCGGCCAGGGGGACGCAACGACUGCAGCGGCAAUACCGCGGCUCUCUCCCAGCCCCUCGCGAGCUGCAGUCAUAUACUGAAAAGUAGUCCUAAAUUUCUUUUUUUUAAAGUCAGAAGCCCCGUGAUGUGUCACGGGACCGAGGAUGAGGUUGUGGGGCUUUUUAGGGUUCAUUCCGCAGUGAGCAACAGGCGCAGGCCAGGCUCUGAAGGCGGGUGUGCCAGGAGCGCUGCUAAAUAGGCUCUGCUUUCCUUCCAGCUAUGACCAUGCAGUUUAUCAGCCACCGGUUUCCAGAAGACCACGACCCUACCAUUGAAGAUGCUUAUAAAAUCCGGAUCCGUAUUGAUGAUGAGCCUGCCAAUCUGGACAUUUUGGAUACAGCUGGGCAGGCAGAGUUUACAGCCAUGCGGGAUCAGUACAUGAGGGCCGGAGAAGGAUUUAUUAUCUGUUACUCUAUCACGGAUCGCCGAAGUUUCCAUGAAGUUCGGGAGUUCAAACAGCUUAUUUAUCGCGUUCGACGUACUGAUGAUACGCCUGUGGUUCUUGUGGGAAACAAGUCUGACUUGAAACAGCUAAGACAGGUCACCAAGGACGAAGGGUUGGCUCUGGCUCGAGAAUUCAGUUGUCCCUUCUUUGAGACUUCGGCUGCAUACCGCUACUACAUUGAUGAUGUUUUCCAUGCACUUGUCCGAGAAAUACGUAGGAAAGAAAAGGAGGCAGUACUGGCCAUGGAGAAAAAAUUUAAACCCAAAAGCAGUGUCUGGAAGCGGCUAAAGUCCCCAUUCCGGAAGAAAAAGGACUCAGUGACUUGAAGGGAAGGCCUGGAGUGCUUCCCUGUGAACUGCAGCGCUUAAUCCAAGCAGUCCAGUAGCCUGCAGUAGUGAGCCUGGUACUUGCUCUUUCUCCUGUUAAUGACUGUUAUUUUUAAAGUAACUGAUGAGGGGGACAUGGCUACUAGGAGUUUCCAAUGAUGUGGUAUUUAAAGUGUUGUUUUUUAGUUGAUUCUGAUUUAUUAACCAGCAGAGAGAGCACUGUUUGCUUUUCAGUUGUCACAUUAGAAUUUGAUCUGCCACUGGUGGGGUCAUGUUACUGAUAAUAAUCCAUGUGAAUCGUUUACCCCAGGACAGUGGGUGAGCCCUGGGUGUUUGACCAAGUGCACAGUGGAGGUUUGUGUCAUGUAGCCCUGUCCUUUGCCCUCAGUUCCUUGUCCCAGAGAAGGGCCUCAGGCUGUUUUCUGCAUGGUGCUUCUCAGAGACAGAAGGAAAACUCUAUAGCGAAAUCAGUGCUAAAAAGAUCAAUGACAAAGCCCAGCACAUAGCUGUGGAGCUGGCUCCUGCUGCAGGCUGUGGAGUGGUGACAGGAAGUUGAGCCAUGUGCUUUCAGGGACUUGCUAAGGCCCAAGCCAGGUGAGCCUGGGUUUUCUGAAACAUGCAUUUGCCCCAAGGCACUGCGGUGGGUAAGAACAGACAGACACCUGUAAAUACAGUGAUGGUUUCUCAUAGGAGGCUGUUAUACUGUUCAGGAUAUGCCUUGCUUUCCCUUCAAAGGUAAACACUGGGGAGCCAUUACUGGGUUACUAACUCUUCUUUAAAUCCUUAGUCAGGAGAGCCAGUGCUAAACAGGUUUGUGUCUCCACAGAUGCAUGUGGCAGUACACAGAUUUGCUUCCUAGUGCCUGCCCUUACUUUCUCUUCACUCUUUAGAAACUUUAGCCGGAUGUGGCUGGUACAUACCUUAAUCCCAGCACUCAGGAGGCUGAGGCAGGAGGGUCACUGCCAGUUUGAGGACAGCCUGUGAUACAAAGUG